CCUGUGUCCUCGCCCCGCCUUUCCCAGCAGGCUCCGCCUGCGCGGCCGGGAGCUUUGCGACAACGGCGCUUCGGCGGUGAGCUCCGUCCGCGGCCUCGGCGAGUUCCACCGAUUUCCAACCUGAGCGCCUGUGGCCGCCGAGACAGAGCCACGAUGUUCAGGAUGCUGAGCAGCAGCUUCGAGGACGACCCUUUCUUCUCCGAUUCUUUCCUUGCACAUCAAGAAAGUAUGCGUCAGAUGAUGAGGAGUUUUUCUGAGCCCUUUGGCAGAGACUUGCUCAGUAUCCCUGAUGGGAGAGGACGGCAUCGGCACGCGAGGCGUGAGGACGGUGAAAAUUCCUUGACUGCAAUGAGUUCUCUUGUACCUUUCAGCAGUUUUUGUGGCAUGCGUACAGAUGUCAACCCUUUUCAGGCAAUGGACCGAAUGAUGUCAAAUAUGAGAAACAGUAUGCAGGAAUUACAAAGAAACUUUGGUAAUCUUUCCGUGGAUCCACAUGGACAUUCAUUUUGUUCCUCUUCAGUGAUGACUUACUCCAAAGUAGGGGAUGAACCACCGAAAGUUUUCCAGGCCUCGACUCAAACCCGCACGGCUCCAGGAGGGAUAAAAGAAACCAGGAGGGCGAUGAGAGAUUCCGACAGCGGCCUGGAAAAGAUGGCUGUUGGUCAUCACAUCCAUGACCGAGCACAUGUCAUCAAAAAGUCAAAAAACAGCAAGACUGGGGAUGAAGAGGUCAACCAGGAAUUCAUCAACAUGAAUGAAACUGAUGCUCAUGCCUUUGAUGAUGAGUGGCAAAAUGAGAUUUUGAAGUACAAGCCCGGGGGACGGUGGCGCAAUGUUGAAAACGCUAAAAUGCGAAGUGUAGGUCAUGAGAAGAGUUCAGGAUCCCGAGAAGUGAGAAGAAGGGAGAAAUCUAGUCCAAGUCCAGCCAUUGAAAGUGGAAGAAGAUCAAACGUUUUUGUGGACAAGCUCAACAUCAAAGGGUCACCUGUGAAAACCCACAGAAAAUAAAUUGCCGUGCAUUUGA